AUGCGCAUACAUACCGGAGAAAAACCUUACAUAUGUGAUGCGUGCAAAAAAGGAUUUGCGUCUUCUGGCAGCUUGCGUAGACACAAGGUCAUGCAUACCGGUAAAAAACCGUACAUAUGUGAUGUGUGCAAGAAAGCACUUAGCAGUUCUAGUGGUUUCAGUAUACACAAACGCACUCAUAACGGUGAAAAACCGUAUAAAUGCGAUGUAUGCAAGAAAGAAUUUAGAUCUUCUAGUAAUUUGCUUGAUCACAAGCGCAUACAUACCGGCGAUAAAUUGUACAAUUGCGAUGUGUGUAACAAAGGAUUUACGUCUUGUAGUAAUUUGAAUGCACACUUACGCAUACAUACCGCAGAAAAACCAUACAAAUGCAAUGUGUGCAAGAAAGGAUUCAGCACUACUGGUGUUUUGAUUACACACAAAUGCACACAUGACGGCGAGAAACCGUACAAAUGCGAUGUGUGCGAGAAAGGAUUCACAUGUGCUAGUAAUUUGAUUACACACAAGCACACACAUACCGCUGAAAAACCGCACAUAUGUGACGUGUGCAAGAAAGGAUUCACGUCUUCUAGUAAUUUGAAUGCACACAUGCGCAUACAUACCGGGGAAAAACCUUACAUAUGUGAUGUGUGCAAUAAUGGAUUUAGGACUUCAAGUGAUUUGAAUAGACACAAACGCAUACAUACCGGUGAAAAACCACAUAUGUGCAAUAUUUGUGGGAAGAACUUCACACAAACUGCACAUUUGAAAAAACACAAUUGUAUUACGUAA